AUGGGGCAACUUGAUAUUGCCCAGAACACCAGACCAGCGAGAGCAUUACCUAGCGACACUAAGGCUAAUCCUAAGGCUCCUAUUAAUGCUGUGUCAUUAAGGAAUGGGAGAGAAUUAGAAGAAGCCCCAUCAAAGAAGAGAAAGCAAUCAGAGAAGCCAGUUAAAGAGCCUGUAGCAAAGCAACCACAACCAAUAGUUUUAAAGCCACCACCUGCGUUCCCUCAAAGAUUGCAGAAAGUGAAGGAUAAUGCAGCGUACAAGAAGUUCCUUGAUAUUUUAAAACAAGUGCACAUUAACAUCCCAUUGGUGGACAUUUUGCAUGAAGUGCCAAAGAAUGCAAAGUACAUCAAGGAAAUUGUAGCAAACAAGCACAAGCUAACUGUGUUCGAGACUGUAGCACUCACUGAGAAGUGUAGUUCCAGAAUUCAGAAUAAGUUGCCUCCUAAAUUGAAGGACCCAGGAAGCUUCACAAUUCAAAUUUCAAUGGGGAAACAUGUGGUUGGGCGCGUAUUGUGUGAUCUUGGGGCAAGCAUAAACCUGAUAUUAUUGUUUGUGUUUCGACAGCUAGGGUUGGGAGACCCUCGACUGACUACGGUGGUAUUACAAUUGGUAGAUAUAUCCUUAGCCAGCGCCGAGGGGGUCAUUGAAGAUGUGCUGCUCCAAGUGGGAACAUUCAUAUUCCCAACUGAUUUUGUCAUCCUGGAUUACGAGCCUGAUCAGGAAGUCCCAUUUAUUUUGGGAUGA